UCACAAUCUCCAAAACAUGAAGUUUUAAGAAUAUUAUUAUCAUAGAUUGGUCCAUCCUAUCCAUUGAAGAAGAAUAAUGACGAAAAAAAUUGUCAUUAGGGUGUGUAUUACUGGAAACCCUCCUCCCACACUGAAGAAGUUUGUUGUGGAUUUUGUGAAGUUAAAGUACUUUGUAAAAUGUUGGGGGUACAAAUCCCAAUGUUCUAUCUCCAAAAAUCAGAGCAAGCUGUUGUCAAUUGCAGCAAAAAUACCAGGGGUAGAGAAAGUAGCUAUAGAAGGGGAGGAAAAGAAUGAGCUAAUGGUGAUUGGUGAGGGAAUUGAUGCAGCAGAGUUGGUCACUAUACUAAGGAAGAAAGUGGGCGUUGCUGAUGUUGUGAGUGUUGGCCCAGUGGAUAAGAAGAAAGAAGAAAAAAACCCUAUAGUAUCAUGGGUCUAUGGCAAUUAUCAAAUACCCUCUCUUCAAUUUUGGGAAGUUAAAGAUCCCUAGUACUACUCUCUUUGGUGAUUUGCUUAAUGGGGGUUCAAGAAUACUGAACUUUGGGCAAUAAUAACAAAAGUAGCGGAAGAUUAUGCAAUAGUAUUUUCAGUUAUUUGUGGUAAAUAUAGAUUCAAGCAGUGGCGGAGCCAGGAUUUAUGCCAAGAGGGUUCAAAAAUAUAAAGAAGCCAUAAAUGAAGAAGCUAAGGGGUUCAACGUCUACUAUAUAUACAAAAACAAAAAAAUCACCUUGUAUAUACAAUGCAAUUUUUCGCCGAAGGGGAUUCGGGAUUCCGAACCCUCUGGGCUCUUACUAGGUCCGCCACUGGAUUCAAGCGUUAUCAGUAGAUCCACAACAAAUAAGAAGCAUUGAACUUAAUUGCUUUUGCAAUUAAUUUUAUGUUAGGAACUCGCAUUUAUCAAAACAAGACAGAUGUAAAUAAUCG